AUGGCCACAGCCGAGCAGUCCCAGAGUGAGAAGCCCAAGCAGGACGAAUGGAUCCACGUCAAAUCCAAGUCUCGGUUCCGGCGCAACGCCCCCAAGCCGGCCGUCAAGGGACCCCGCGGAACCUCGAAGCCCGCUGAAACCCGCAAUCACCAGUCCGUCGCCGACAUCACGGCCGAGUACGACACCUUCAAGGCCCGGUGGCGCGAGACGCCAUGCUGCGCCAGUCUGAAGAAGCUGGUGAGGGAAAAUCACGACGGGCACCGGAGGGUGCGCAAGGCUGUGUGUCUUGGCGUGGGCACGUUUGAUCCGGAGGAUGGGGGAUGGGACGCGAAGAGGCGGAGCUACAUCCAGCUCGACGCCUUCAUAGCCAUUGUCGAGGUCUUGUCCGAGUUGUACAAAGAGUCGAUCCCGUGCUCCUUUCAGGAACCCCGCUUCUCACCCAAUGACACGGGUUUUCUGACCGGCCUCGGUCACGAGGUUGUCGAGUCCCCCGCCGCCUUUGAAGCCGUCGAUGAGGAGACGCUCGUGUUUGCUGUCCACAUGUAUCGGCCUAUCUACGAGGCAACGCUCGAAAAGGCGUUGCCUGCCAUGUUCGUCGGCACGGGCUGGGACGUAUGGGAUGAGUUUGCCACGAUGAAAGAUGGCGAUUUCAAGUGCAUGAGCGACAUGCACGCUUCGCAUACGCAUUUCCCCUUUCCCCAGGACGGAACGCACACCACGUUCUCGAGUACCUGUGUAUACUGGCGACCAAAGUCCGAGGCUCCUGCCACAGAGGAGGUCUCGGUUGGUGAAAAAGAUGCAAAGUCACCUGAAGAGGAGGCUGAAGAUGCAACCACUGAGACCAGCACCAAGGAAAAGGAGACUCCCGCAGUCCUUUCGAGCUGA